CACAAAUGUUCCGUAGUUCCGCCAUUCCGCAUCCUAUGUGAACGCACCUUGAGGCGUAUCUCAUUCUCAUGUGGUCUUGUCAACUAUUAUUCCCGAGGCGUAUGUACGACAAAUAAUUUUUCAAGAAAAUGGUUCGAAAAGUAAUCAAAUUCGAACCCACUGUGAUUCGAUUCGAAUUUGAACUAUACGCAUAUCUCUAAUGUUCCCGUUUCGACUACCUGUAUUCUCACUGCAUCUGUAGUGCAUGCUUGAAUUGGAUGGCUUAUCUAUGCGUGGUACUACCAUGGUGUUCCUGGUAGGUAUCUUUGUUUUUCUCGCAGCCAAUGACACCUGCAGUAACGGGAAUGGAGGAACAAGAGAAACUGUUGGAAGACGCGAUCGGCGUAGUGAAAGUCCAAGCUUUUCAAAUGAAACAUUGUCUGGACAAAUCCAAACUGAUGGACGCACUGAAACAUGCCUCCACUAUGUUGGGAGAACUCAGAACCUCCCUUCUGAGUCCAAAAAGCUACUAUGAAUUGUACAUGGCGAUUACAGACGAGUUACGACACUUGGAACUUUAUUUGUUGGAUGAAUUUCAAAAAGGAAGAAAAGUUACAGACCUCUAUGAAUUGGUACAAUAUGUUGGCAAUAUUGUGCCCAGACUCUACUUACUUAUCACCGUUGGUUUGGUCUACAUCAAGACAACACCCGGCUUGAAAAGAGAUCUUCUGAGAGAUCUCGUGGAAAUGUGUAGAGGCGUGCAACAUCCAUUGCGUGGUUUAUUCCUAAGAAAUUAUCUAUUACAAUGCACAAGGAAUAUUUUGCCAGAUGUCGCUGAAGGUGACGACGAAGAUGGAACUGUUCGUGACAGCAUAGAUUUUGUUCUGAUGAAUUUUGCGGAAAUGAAUAAAUUAUGGGUACGUAUGCAACAUCAAGGUCACAGUAGGGAUAAAGAAAGAAGAGAAAAGGAAAGAGAAGAGCUUCGAAUUCUAGUCGGAACAAAUCUUGUACGACUUAGUCAACUGGAAUCUGUGACAUUGGAUAAGUAUAAGAAGCUUGUAUUACCGGGAAUUUUGGAGCAAGUGGUUAGUUGUAGGGAUGCAAUAGCACAGGAGUAUCUUAUGGAGUGUAUAAUUCAAGUUUUUCCUGAUGAAUUCCAUUUACAAACGUUAAACGCAUUUCUAAAAUCCUGUGCGGAAUUGCAAAAUGGAGUAAAUGUUAAAAACAUAAUUAUAUCGCUGAUCGACAGACUUGCAGCCUUUAGUCAGCGAUCCGACGGAGUGGGGGGACCAGGAAGUCCCAAUCAAAUGCCAGGAAUUCCACAGGAUGUUAAAUUAUUUGAUGUAUUUAGUGAUCAGAUUGCAACUAUUAUACAGACGAGACAAGAUAUGCCGCCCGAAGAUAUCGUGUCCCUCCAAGUGGCUCUCAUAAAUUUAGCACACAAGUGUUAUCCCGAUCGUGUAGAUUACGUAGACAAAGUUUUGUUUACAACAAUCCAAAUAUUCCAGAAGCAAAACGUCGAUAAAUUGGAGUAUAAUAGUGCAGUUUCGAGAGAACUAGUUAGAUUAAUGAAGAUUCCCGUAGACAAUUAUAAGAAUAUAUUAACUGUGCUUAAGCUUGAACACUAUGCGCCCCUUUUGGAUUAUUUCGAUUACGAGGGCAGGAAGUCAUUGGCUAUAUACAUAAUAACGAAUAUUUUGGAAAAUGAAACGUUAAUACCGACGCAAGAACAAGUAGACGCGGUGCUCUUCAUGGUAUCUUCCUUGGUGCAGGAUCAACCAGAUCAACCUAAUAUAGAAGAAGAUCCUGAAGAUUUUGCUGAGGAGCAAGGAUUACUUGGAAGACUGAUACAUCAUUUUAAAUCGGAAACACCAGACCAGCAAUAUAUGAUAUUGAGCGCAGCAAGAAAGCAUUUCAGUGCUGGCGGUAACAAGAGAAUAAAAUUCACUUUACCUCCCAUAGUUUUCCAAAGUUAUCAAUUAGCUUUUACUUAUAAAACACUGAAGGAUCAGGAUGAUAUGUGGCAAAAAAAAUGUCAAAAAAUUUUUCAGUUUUGUCACACGACUAUUACAGCACUGAUGAAGGCCGAAUUAGCCGAAUUGCCUUUAAGGCUGUUUCUGCAAGGUGCGAUAGCGAUCGGCGAGAUCCGUUUUGAUAAUUUCGAAAUGGUGGCUUACGAAUUUAUGAGCCAAGCAUUUUCGAUAUAUGAGGAUGAAAUAAGCGAUUCGAAAGCACAGCUCGCAGCGAUCACUUUGAUCAUCGCCACAUUUGAGCAAAUGAGUUGCUUUGGCGAGGAAAACGCGGAGCCCGUUCGCAAUCAGUGCGCCUUAUAUGCGAGCAAAUUGUUGAGAAAACCUGAUCAAUGUAGAGGAGUCGCUACUUGUUCGCAUAUAUUUUGGUCUGGAAAAUCUUUAGCUUCAGGCGGGAAAGAAAUGCAAGAAGGCGGUAAAGUGUUAGACUGCUUGAAAAAGGGUAUUAGGAUAGCGAGUCAGUGCAUGGACACGUCUGUGCAAGUACAGCUAUACGUGGAAUUGUUGAAUCAUUAUAUUUACUUUUACGAAAAAGGAAAUACAGCUGUAACCGUGCAAAUAUUGAAUCAAGUAAUUGCGAAAAUUAGAGAGGAACUUCCCAAUCUGGAGGCGAGUGAAGAAACCGAUCAAAUACAGAAACAUUUAGCAAAUACAUUAGAACAUUUAAGAAAUAGGAUGGAAUCGCCAGACUCUGACGGACUUACUUAUCAAGGCCUCGUCCUUUAACAGUGAAUCGGCAUUGUAAUUUUGUAAAUAAAAUAUUUCUAUAAUAUGGACAAUAUUAUAGGUCGAUUGUAUCAACUACGAUUAGCAUUGAUUCUGAUUAAUUUAAUUUUUAUUUUAUAUAUCUUCGUUGUAGAGUGGACUGUAAAUUAGAACCGAAAAAUGAAUUAUAAAUCAGGAUCCAUUUAUUGCAAUUGUUGCUGCAUCUCAGAUAUAAAUUAUAAAAUUAUUUCUUAAAUAAAUGUUUAAAUUACAUCGAAUUAUUUACACGAUUUGUUAAUGACGUAUCAAGCGUACAUAUUGAA